AUGUGGAAGCUACAGAAGACAGAAGCAGACCAGCUAACAUUUAGAUCGCACUUGGCAAGGCAGCUGAUCUCUGGCUUCUCAAGUCGUAAGAGAAGAGGAAGGCCUUUGAAACGCCAAAAAGAGGCCAACAAGCCACUGAUGGAGAAGCGACGCCGAGCCCGCAUCAACCAGAGCCUGGCCGCUCUCAAGACGCUCAUCUUGGACUCGGCACGGCUGGAGAACACGAAGCACUCCAAGCUGGAGAAGGCGGACAUCCUGGAGCUGACGGUGCGCCACCUCCAGCGGCAGAAGGCGCUCGGCUCCAGCUCCGUGCUCUCCAAGUUCCGCGCCGGAUUCCAGGAGUGCGCCCGAGAGGUGGGCCGCUUCCUGGAGUCGCCCGAGGUGGUGCUGGCGCCGCCCGAGCCGCACGCGUCGCUCAAGCAGCGCCUGCUGCGCCACCUGGAGAGCUGCGUGGCCGAGCUGGACCUGGACCUGGGGCUGGCGAUGCGCGCCGAGGAGAGCUCCAAGCCCGACUCGAGCUCGGGCCAGGCGCAGGCCCCGCUGCCCGGCUCCUCCUGCUCCUCCUCGUCCGCCUCCGCCUCGUCCGCCGCCUCCAGCACCGCCCCCGCGCCCGGCGCCCCCGCCGCCAGGGGCGACGAGAACAACAAUCGCGGCCAGCGCACGCACGGUGCCAGUGGGAAGGCAUCCCCGGGGUCGCUGCUGGGUAGCCGCCUGCUGUCCGCAAGCCAGAGCCCGGAGCCCGCAUCGCCGCUGGACGCCACCAACCCCCUGCUCUCCGUCGUACAGCAGCAGGUGAUUCCGUCGCGGCUGCCGGACGGCCAGCUGGUGUUCCUGCUGCCGUCGCACUACGUGCAGCUGGCCGCCGCCGCCGCCGCCGCCCGCUGUAUCUUCUCGGUGGACGAAGCUGACGACGACGAUGACCAGCCCGUCGACUGCUCGGUCGGGACGGCGGCUGCCAGGCUGUCCCCUGAGCCCGCGGAGGCGGCCAUGGACGCCGCUGGAGCGCUGGAAGCCGAGGAGGGUCCCGUCUGGAGGCCGUGGUAG